AAGCUCUAGCUAGAUUGGACCAGAUUGUUAAGGAUUGGGUAAAGCAUGUUAGUCGCUCCAAAGGCUUAAAUGAGCAAGUUGUUGAAGAAAUGACUGCAUUGAUUUUCACAUCCGGUUCUUAUAGGCUUGGGGUACACAGCCCCGGAGCUGAUAUAGACACCUUAUGCGUGGGCCCUAUGCAUGUUACUCGCAAUGAGGAUUUUUUUGGGGAAUUGCAUAGAAUUCUGGUGGAGAUGCCUGAUGUGCAAGAGUUGAAUUCAGUGCCUGAUGCUUAUGUCCCUGUCAUGAGAUUCAAACUUGAUGGCAUUCCCAUAGAUCUGCUUUACGCAAGUCUACCACUCCCAAAUAUACCUGAAGACCUGGAUAUCUCUCAAGAUUCCAUACUACAUAAUGUGGAUGAGCAGACUGUUCGCAUUUUAAAUGGGUGCAGGGUUACUGAUGAAAUUUUGAAUUUGGUACCAAAUAUACAGAAUUUUCGAACUGCUCUAAGAUGUCUAAGAUUGUGGGCAAAGCGGCGUGGGAUAUAUUCAAAUGUGGCAGGCUUUCUUGGUGGUGUUAAUUGGGCAAUACUUGUUGCUCGCAUUUGCCAGCUAUAUCCCAAUGCCCUGCCUUGCACGUUAGUCUCUCGGGUUUUCAGAGUCUAUAACCUGUGGCAAUGGCCAAAUCCUGUUAUUUUAUGUCCAAUUCAAGAAGGAUCUUCAAAUGCCUGGGAUCCAAGAAGAAAUCGGAAAGACAGGGAGCACCUGAUGCCAAUUAUAACUCCAGCAUAUCCUUGCAUGAACUCUAGCUACAAUGUGUCAAAUAGCACAUUGCGAAUCAUGAUGGAAGAGUUUCGGAGGGGAAAUGAGAUUUGUGAGGCAAUAGAGGCAAACAAAGCUGUCUGGGUAACUCUUUUUGAGCCUUUCGCAUUUUUUGAAGCAUACAAAGAUUACUUGCAGAUAGACAUAAAGGCACAGAGUGGUGAUGACUUCAGAAAUUGGAAGGGUUGGGUUGAAUCUCGAUUACGUUUUCUUAAUUCAAUGAUUGAGAGAUAUACAGGGGGCAUUCUCCAAUGCCAUCCUUGCCCUGGUGACUUCUCGGAUGAGUGUAGACCUCAUUGCUGCUCUUAUUUUAUGGGUUUACGAAGAAAACAAGGUAGCAGUCCUGAAGGUGGUAAACAAUUUGACAUACGGUGGAUUGUUGAUAAAUUUAAGCACCAAGUAUGUCAGUACUCUGCUUGGAAAGCCACAAUGUGGAUAAAUGUAUGUCAUGUGAGGCGGAAAAACAUUCCAGUUUUUGUCUUCUCUGGGGGAAUCUGGCCUUCCCAGCGAGCAAAAGUUGCUGCUCAAGAUUGCUUGGGUAAAAGAUUGCCUGGAAAUAAUUUUCUUCAUGCUGAUGAUGCUGGUAGCAGAAAGAGAAGAAAACAAGUAGUAGUUAAUCGUGGAGUUCAUUUGGAGGAGUUUUCAUCCCUGACUAGUGGGACUAGUACUGCAAGCUUGCAGAUUGAAGCAGGAGAGGAAGAACAAUCUGAAGCUGUUAUUGCUGACACCAUCAGAAACAAAAACUACCGCAAGAAUAUGACCAACCAUGAUCAGGAACCUGAAGGAUCUGUAAAGUGCAGAUCACCCUCAUGCUCAAAUCCAAAAGGUGCAUCACCUGUGGAAAAGUGGGUCACUGAUUCUUCUUCUGGGGAGAUUGUUGGUUUGUCAGAUAUGAAGACUGAAGUUUCUGGUGGAACUGUGGAAAAUAAUUCAUUUCAGUUGUCCAUGACGGAACAAGGAGUUCAAAUUCCAGUGGUAGGCGCUGGGGGUCGCAAUUCUUGCUCCAAACCCCUACAGAAUGAGGGCUUGGAAGAGCUUGAGGUCUUGUCAGCUGAUAUUUCGUUCUUCUAAUCAUUUGUAACAGACUUUCUGCUGGCAAUUUGUCCCAUGUUUUAAUUCAAAAUUUUGGUUGGAUAGCUUGAUCAGCUCCAAUCUUCAUGCAUUUGAUUGUAUUCAUAUAUAUGUCCAUGAGGGUGUUAGUCAUGCAUUUGGAUUGAAAUUGGUGAAAGACGGGAGUUCAUAUCUAAUUUAUGUGUGGACCUCCUUAACAAUUUUAUCUUCUAAUUUAUCAAGGAGUUGUACUCAAGUCAUAAGGGUUCUAUGCAGUUAGAUAGCUGUAUGGUUUCUUUUGACAGGGUUUCUUUUGAUACUCUUAUAUACUCUUUGUUUACAUUGAUUUGCCAUAUGCCAUACAAAAGUGGAAAUGCAGAGAGAAAUUUAUGCGAUUACGAAAACUUCUGAACUUCAAAUUAUGUGGCUUCGAUAAACUAAAUGUUGUUUUGCAUUAUACUGAGAUGGAAUCCCUAUCUGAUGUUUACUCUUUUCACGAUUGUUUUCUCCAGUUGCUUCCACCAUCUAGCGUUGCAUCCGCUUCAACUUCCAAGGCCUCUCAGAAGCCUCUUAUCAGGUGUUGUAAUGCCCUGCAAAGUCAAAUCACUUGAUUCAAUUAAACUUCCCUUCCCUUCCCUUCCCUUCCACUGGAUGAUAUCUCUAUUAUUUACUGCUGCUAAAAGAUUCCCCUCCCCUUUAGUUUGUUAAUUUAGUCUUUUAUUUUCAGCUUCAAUUUCACUUCCUCGAAGAAAGCAGUUGGACCCAGUGCUGAGAGGCAUCAAAUGGCUUGAAUGUCCGGAGUUCAAUUCACCGGUGCAAGAUUUUCUGUCAUCCAGGAUUCCCCCUUAAGUUCCUAAUCUCAUUGUUUCAUAGCUCAUAUUUCCUUCCUGAAUGCUUGAUGCCCUCUCCUGUUAUGAUGUUCCACUGAAGUGCUGCUGUAAAUUGUGUCACUCACUAGCUAUAGAGAAGAAAGUGUAAACAUUGCCAUUUCUGUGAAAUGAAAUGCAGUCAGUUCAGAUUUCAGUUCCCUGUACAUUGGCAAGUAAACAUAAUAAUAUAUUGUAAGCACUAACUUCGAUUCCUUUCUGUUCAGUUAAUGAUUGUGGGACAGAGGAAGAAACAGAAAUCAAUACUAUGACCAAUCUUUUACC